AUGCAUCUCUCAACAACACUCAGUUUCGCUGCUGCUACUCUGCCUCUCGCCUACGGUGCAAUCCUCGCCGAGCGCGCAACUUCCGCACGCGCUACGUGGUAUGGCGGCACCAACGCGGGCGCUUGUUCUUUCAACGGCUACACCAGACCAUCAGGUGUAUAUGGGGCGGCGUUAGGAUUAAACCUUUAUGGCAAGGCUGCGCAGUGCGGAGCGUGUGUUUCCAUCACGAACGGCAGUGGCAAGAAGAUUAUUGCCAUGGUCGUCGAUGAGUGCCCAUCAGGAUGUGCCGGCAAGACCUUCGAUCUGUUCCCGGAUGGCUUCGCCGCGCUCGCCAACCCCUCGGCGGGAGAGAUUGACAUCAGCUGGGACUACGUGACCUGCCCGGUCACAGGCCCCUUCAAGCUCCGCACCAAGUCGGGAUCCUCGCAGCACUGGUUCGCUAUCCAGGUCUACAACGCCAACCAGGCCAUCACAAAGGUGGAGAUCAGCGCCGACGGAUCCUCGUGGACGAGCGCCUCGAGGGAGACGUACAACUACUGGCUCUUGCCGAGUGGCACCAACGGUGCCACCACGGUGCAGGUCCGGGUGACGGCCAAGUCGGGCAAGUCGAUUGUCACCAAAAAUGUUUCGGUCGCCGAGGGAAGCACGGCGACGGCUGAGAGCAACUUCUGA